UUUAUAGGUGUCGCUGCAUUAUAAACGUGGUGAAAGAUGGCGACCAAGAGGAAAACCGAUGCUUUCUUUCCGGUUGAGGAGAACGAUCAGCUUAUUAUACGGCCUCUGGGAGCUGGGCAGGAGGUUGGCAGAUCAUGUAUUAUGAUGGAAUUCAAAGGGAAAAAAAUCAUGCUUGACUGUGGUAUCCAUCCAGGGUUGAACGGUUUCGCAUCUUUGCCUUUUUUGGAUCUUGUGGAGGUCGAGGAAGUUGACCUUCUUCUUGUCAGCCAUUUCCAUCUGGACCAUUGCGGUGCCCUGCCCUAUUUCCUGGAGAAGACGGCCUUCAAGGGUCGAUGUUUUAUGACCCAUGCCACCAAGGCCAUCUACCGGUGGCUCCUGUCAGAUUAUGUGAAAGUCAGCAACAUAGCCACAGAAGACAUGCUGUACACAGAAAAGGACAUAGAAAACAGCAUGGAUAAGAUUGAAACAAUUAACUUUCAUCAGGUAUUAUACACUGGGGACUUCUCCCGCCAAGAAGAUCGGCAUUUAAUGGCAGCCGAAAUACCGUCGGUACGACCGGAUGUUGUCAUUAUUGAGUCUACAUAUGGUACUCAUAUCCACGAGAAGCGAGAGGACAGGGAGGCGCGGUUUACCGGUCUCGUACAUGAUAUUGUCAGCCGUGGUGGACGAUGCCUCAUUCCAGUAUUUGCUCUUGGCAGAGCCCAGGAACUGCUGCUCAUCUUGGAUGAAUAUUGGUCGAACCACCCAGAGCUGCAUGAGACACCCAUCUACUAUGCCUCAUCACUUGCAAAGAAAUGUAUGAGUGUCUACCAGACAUACAUCAACGCCAUGAACGACAAGAUACGUAGACAGAUCACCAUAAGCAACCCAUUUGUAUUCAAGCAUAUCUCAAACUUGAAGAGCAUGGAGCAUUUCGAAGACAUAGGUCCAUCUGUGGUGUUGGCCAGCCCUGGUAUGAUGCAGAGUGGACUGUCCCGGGAGCUGUUUGAGAGCUGGUGCACGGACAAACGGAAUGGAGUUAUCAUUGCUGGUUACUGUGUGGAAGGCACUCUGGCUAAGCAUGUCCUGUCUGAACCAGACGAGAUUGUGACCAUGACAGGCCAGAAAUUACCAUUGAAAUGCUCUGUUGACUACAUCUCCUUCUCCGCUCACACUGACUACCAGCAGACUAGUGAAUUCCUGCGAGCUCUCAAGCCUCCACAUGUUGUUCUCGUCCAUGGGGAACAGAAUGAAAUGAGUCGCCUGCGUGCAGCCCUCAUCCGAGAGUACGAGGAUGAUGAAAACUACCAGAUGCUCGUAAACAACCCGAGGAACACAGUUGCCGUGGAACUCCACUUCCGAGGAGAGAAAAUGGCAAAGGUCGUCGGUGUGUUGGCAGCAGAGAAACCGGAACAGAACCACAAAAUUGCAGGAAUUCUUGUGAAACGAAACUUCAACUACCACAUAAUGUCUCCUGUGGACUUACCAAACUACACAGAUCUUGCCAUGAGCACUGUACUACAAAGACUCAGCAUCAACUACACAGGUACGAUGCCCCUCUUGCGAUACUACCUGAGCCAGCUGGCCCAGAACUUGGAGGAGAUUCCAGAGAAGAACAUACUCAAGGUGUUUGACUGUAUAACACUACAUGUGGAACCAUGGAGGGUUUUGGUGGAGUGGAACAGUAACCCUGUGACAGACAUGUAUGCUGAUGCUGUGGUGACAGUCAUCCUGAGAGCGGAAUCCGACCCAAUGCCACAUAAGAAUGUUCCAGCACCCUUGGAAGUUUGUGAUGAACACUUUAAGGAAUGUUUGGAGAAGAUGCUGAUUGAUAUGUUCGGUGUGGAAUCCAUCAAGGACACCUCCAAGUCUCAGAAUGGUGUACUUAGCAUCACGGUCAACAGCAAAAUGGCCAACAUCGAAUUGGCAACCCAGAAGGUGACCUGUGAUGACCGGCUCUUACAGCAGACCCUGGAAACGGCCGUGAGCAAGCUACACCAGGCCAUCACGCCCAUCAACACCAAGAAGGCGGAGGCGACCCACUCUUAGCAAAGGAGGAGAUAACACACACACACGCACUUUUAUACAUCAAGUAUGUUGUUCCCAUCACGACCACCACCACCACCAACUAAGGAACAACACCUACUGAAGUUGAACUGAAGGGUGAUGUGAAAUGAGACUACCAAGACUGAUGCGAUGCUUUGUGAGACUAAGGAAACCUGGCACACACACACACACACACACACGAAUGUGUAUAUGCACAUACAUUUUUUUUUUUCCCUAUAGUUUCAGCUUAGAGCUGUGGCCAUGCUGGUGCACUGCCGUUUAUAUUAAUACAUAUUUGAAAUAUAUAUGUAAAACGGUGUCUGUACAUGUGCCUGUCUGUGUGUGUGUUGUUGUAUUUGUCACGGGUUCGAUUCCCAGACCGGCCGUUGUGUUGCGUUCUGGAGCAAAGCACUCACGUUGCUCUGCAAUCAUUUCAACAUCUGACACGUGGCACCUCGUUACACCUGUACAGUUAAUAUCGAUCUGAUGGAGGGAGUAAGCUUAUGUCUACACAAAACAUUUGAUCACCAUGAACAAAUCAUCUGUGUGGUUGUUCAGUAAGAAAUUGUUGAACCCUCAUACGUCGUCAAACGACGGGAGACUCCAUUACAUAUAAAAUAUUAUAUAUAUAUAUAUAUAUACAUACAUGUUUGUGUGUGUGUAAGCAUGUAUAUAUAGUUCUUGUAUAUGUAUUGUUCUUGUCUGUCUUUUUUACUAUAUGUGUUUUAUAUAUAUAUUAUCUUAAAGCAAUUAAAAAAAUUGAACAAUUUAAUAAAAGAAUAUAAUUAAUUAAAAAA